AUGUUCAAACCAGAUGAUGCCUCCAUAGAACCCUUUGCGGUGGAGGCUUAUAUGUCGUAUGGAGACAAGGUGCACCAUGCAGGACCAAGCGAACUUGAAGACAUUUGUCAGACCAUAGUUCAAUGUGAUGGGCCAUCAGGAUCGAACGUAGAAUACGCCCUGUUGCUAGCUACUACUUUGCAUAAACAGGCUCCUCACUGUCCUGAUGAACAUGUGUUUUCCGUUGAACGCCGUGUUUUGGAAUUGUGCCAAAGAAAUGGAGCACGCAAGGAUAUUUUGAAGAAGUUGGGUUACUGUAACUCAGGU